GCGGAUUUGCUCCUGCCGGCGCGCCAUCCGCAUCUGCUCCGGCACGCGCCGCCGCGCCCGCCCGCCGCUUCCGUCGGGGGUCCCGGCCGGGAGCGGCUUAUUCAUCUCGCGGUGCGUAUGAUUGUACCACUCUAGGCGCUAGGGUUUUUCCACCGCGCACCGCACGCCAUGGACCCUGCGGCGGAGGUUUCUCAUCGGAUGCUCCGCGCCGCCUCGCCUCCUCCCGCCCAAGAGGCGGCCGGGGUGGAGAUCGCGCAAGAUGGCGUGCCGGCCGCGGCGGGAGAGUCCCAAAAUUCCCCUCCCGUGUCGCCAUUGCCGACCGACGGCAAUGGGGACGCCGCGGCGGCUCCCGCGGCGGGCGAGGCCAGCAUGGAUGUGGAUGGGGCGCCCCUGGCCAGCGAGGGAACAGAGCGCCAGGCAGCAGCCGACUCCAAGGCAGAGGCGGACGGCGUUAGCCUUCUGGAGAAGCAGCAACAUGUGGCGGUCACCGAAUCCAAGAUGGAGGUGGAUGAGAUCACCGCUUCCGAGAUCAAAGAACAUGCCACUGCCGCGGUGGUUGCGCCAAGCGAGGUGAAGGCGGAGGUUUCUCCCCGGAUGCUUGGCGGAGUGGACAUCGCCCAAGUUAGCCUUCUGGACAAGCAGCAAGAUGUGACGGCGCCUGUGGUGACUGAAUCCAAGAUGGAGGUGGAUGACAGCAGCGCUACGAAGCAAGAACAUGCCAUGGCGGUGGCGCCAAGUGAGGUGACGAUGGAGGAAGGUGGCAUCAGAGAGGAUCAUCAACAGACCAACACAUCUGAUGGCGGCCGUCUGGUGAAGGAAAACGAGGAGGGGGGAUGCUUUGUGGGCCACUACAUCACCACGAGUGCUUCAAGUGAUGGAGCGACUCGCCUUGGGAAGGUUGCAUCCUAUGAUGCCAGCAUCGGGGUGUACAAUGUGGUGUUUGAGGAUGGGCAGGGCGAGGAGUUUGCGCUUCCUCAGCUCAGAGAGUUACUUAUGGACGAUGGUGCAUCUGCCAUGAAGGUGAGCCGCAUGAAGAGGAAGCUGGACCUGCUGGUUUCAACAGGGACUGUCAAGCAGGCCAAAGGGCCACCAACUACUAGACAGAGGGUUGAUGCGUGCGAGGUGCCCGCCAGGCCUGAUGUAUCACAGCAGACUGGGUGUGAUCCAGAUCUAUCUGGGAUUGUGAAACCUUCGAGCAAUUCAUCAGAUUUAGCUAAAGCAUUACCAGCUGAGCUGGACCUGCUGGUUUCGCCAGGGACUGUCAAGCAGGCCAAAGGGCCACCAACUACUAGACAGAGGGUUGAUGCGUGUGAGGUGCCGGCCAGGCAUGAUGUAACCCAGCAGACUGGGUGUGAUCCAGAUCUAUCUGGGAUUGUGAAACCUUCGAGCAAUUCAUCAGAUUGUGCUAAAGCUUUACCAGCUGAGCUGUCCCCGCCGUUGCAGGGCCCCGAGUUGCCUCCAUCAUCGGCAGACAUUGCUGUUCCAGAGGAGUCUAUAAGCCACCUCUUUUCUGUUUACAACUUCCUUCGAUCAUUCAACGUGCAGCUCUUCCUCAGUCCAUUCGGGCUUGAUGAUUUUGUUGCGUCCAUUAAUUGCACGGUGCAGAAUACAUUACUGGAUGCUGUACAUGUUUCGCUACUUCGGGCGCUGAGGCGGCAUCUUGAGACUAAGUCCUCUCGCGGAUCACAACUUGCUUCAAAUUGCUUGAGGUAUGUAGAUUGGGCAUUACUAGAUGUGUUGACUUGGCCAACUUUCUUGCUGGAGUACCUCUAUCUUAUGGGUUACAUUAAGAGUCUAGGGGGCCGGAGUUUUGGUAGAACCCUCCUAGACAUGGAAUAUUAUAAGCUUCCUGUUACAACGAAGCUUAGGAUCCUCCAAAUACUCUGUGACCAUGUCACUGAAUCAGAAGAAUUCAAAGCUGAACUGGAGGCUCGGGAAGGCUACAACGAGGAAAUGGAAUAUGAGGGGUACUCUAUUAUUUCGUCAGAGGCUGGGUCAAGAGCAGUCCUGACUAGAGCCUCAAAAGCUUCUGUGUGCGGAAAGAUCGAAGGUUUACAAAGCUCCAAAACUGCUCCAAAUGCGACAAACCCAGAAGCUGUUUUACCGAAUGCUUCCCAGGAUGGCAACAGUGAUGAUUGUCGAAUAUGUGGAAUGGAUGGGACUUUGGUAUGCUGUGAUGGCUGCCCAUGGGCAUACCACUCAAGAUGUAUUGGCCAGAACAAAGCAUUCCUGCCACAGGGACUUUGGUUUUGUCCAGAAUGCGUGGUUAACAAGCUUGGACCAGCUUCUUCAAGAAUAGAGCGUGGGGCAAGAGGAGCUCAAAUGUUUGGCAUUGAUAUGUGUGGGAGGCUCUUUCUAGGAUCCUGCAACUAUCUGCUGGUGAUUGGAAUGUCUAUGGAUACAGGGUCAUAUGCAAGAUAUUACAAUCAAUAUGAUGUAGCCAAGGUCGUGCAGAUACUUGCCUCUUCAGAUGCAUACACAGAUAUUUGUAGGAGAAUGACAGAGUACUGGAGGCAUCUGCUUGAUAUAUUUCAGAAUGAGAGAUCAAAAAUAGUUAAAGAAGCUGGUGCAAAACAUACCACACAAUCCAAUACAUCGUUAAGUGCUACUCCAAUAAAAGCAGGGGUUGAAAUUGUGCUGAUGACAAUGUUGACAGAUGGUGGGGACAGUAAGACAGUAGUAAUUCCUCAAAUAAAUGCGCAGCAUGAAUCUGUCGCCAAGCAGUCUACACUAUGCUCAAUGGAACACCUGGCAAAACAAAAAUGCAUGGCGACUGAUGUAGGUUCUGCCACUGAGAAGACCAAUGGAGUAUCUGUGAAAACACCAUUACCUCCGAAGCACAUGCAUAAUACACCCAGAAAUGGAGCCUUUGAACCCGCUGGGAUUUCCUCAAUCUCUCAUCAGAACGGGCCUGUGGUAACAGGUGUGUCUAGUGUAACGCGCGCACAGCCAUCACAUGGGUUAGUUCGUUCAGACUUCUCCGCGAGUGGUGGGAAGUCUUUUAAACCUCGGGCUUACAUGAAUCUAUACAAUCAUGGCAAUGUUGCAGCAUCUGCUGCCGCCAAUCUAGCUGUUCUUACAUCUGAUGAGGGUAAGGUUUCGACAUCCCAAUUGACCACAAACCUAAGAAAGAAAAUGGCUGCUGACUGUGCUCUACAAGUGAAAGCAUUUUCCUCACCAGCUGCACAAUUUAUUUGGCCAAGUACUGAAAAGAAAAUUAUGGAAGUUCCAAGGGAUAAAUGUGGUUGGUGCCUUGCCUGUAAAAGUUCAGCAUCUGGAGGUAAAAAAGGUUGUUAUCUUAACUUGGCCACAGCAAAUGCUAUCAGGGGAUCUGCUCGAGUUCUUAGUCUCAUGCAUGUAAUUAAAAGUUCUGAGAGCCACUUCCCCAGCAUUGCGGCUUAUCUGGUGAACAUGGAGGAAAGUUUGCGUGGCCUUUUAGUCGGUUCACUACAAGACAUGCAACAGAGACAACGGUGGCAUAAACAACUACAGGAAGCUUCCAACUGCAAAGCUAUAGUACCCCUCUUGCUUGAAUUGGAGAGUAAUAUUCGUUCAGUAGCAUUUUCUCCAAGCUGGGUGAAGCUAUUAGAUGACUGGCCAUUGGAAUCUCCUGCUCCAUCUGCGGGCACAUCCCAUCCUGCAGCAUACCAAAAACGUGGAACUGGUGGAAGGCGAGGCAGGAAACGUUCACUGGCGACCGAAUCUGCUGCUGUUACCGACAAUGGCAAGAGUUGGAAAAAGGUUAAUUGGUGGAGUGGAGGAAAUAUUUCUAAACGUAUUUUGCAGAGGGGGGGUUACCUUAGUUCGGCCAUAAGAAAAGCUGCUCGUCAAGGUGGUAAAAAAAGGAUAGCAGGUCUGUCUUAUCAUGAGUCUUCCAAUCUUCCGAGACGAACUCGACAAUUUGCUUGGAGAGCAUGUGUUGGUUUAAGUGAAAAUUCAUCUCAACUUGCUCUGCAGGUUCGGUGUCUUGAUGCCCAUAUAAGAUGGAAGGAAUUCGUACCUCCAGAUCAAACUCUUUCAGAUGGGAAAAGUUCAGAUCUUGACUUCCAUGCUCUGAGAAAUGCAGUACUUUGUGAUAAAAAGAUAGUUGACAAUAAGAUAAGAUAUGCACUUAAGUUCCCCAACCAGAAGCAUCUCCCUGUUCGUGUAACCAAGAAUAUUUUGGAAGCAGAAGAUAAUCAGGAUCAAAAUGGCAAAUUCUGGUUUUCUGAAAACCAUGUCCCACUGUCCUUGGUCCGAGAAUUCGAGCAGAAACUUGGGGUUACCUCCUUGCCUACUGCAGGAAUUGUACAGUCUAACUGUUUCACCAAUUUGUACCAAAGGCGAGUAAAAGCAUCAAUGGGGGAUGUCUUUUCUUAUCUAUUUCACAAGGGGGAUAUCUAUCCCUGCAGUUCAUGCAAGAAAGAUGUUCCCUUCAGGCGUAUUGUAAGGUGUACCUCUUGUCAAGGUAAUUGUCACAAUGAGUGCACAGUAAGAUCUGUUGGUGGCAAAGGAGGCAAUGGUACUUCCACUUUGAUAUGCAAGCUAUGUAUUCAGAAGCGUAGUCUUAUCCUUACAAAUUACAGUACAAAUGCAAGACACGUCUUGCCUCAAAAGAAGAGCACUGGCCAAUUGCCAGUGAGUGCUCCCAAAAUAGUCUUCAAAGUUAGUUCUUCCAUUUCUGCUGAACCAGCGGUGACGGAUCAAGCCCAGCCAAUAGCUAAGGCUGAAGUCCAUCCAGUUGCUAAACCCUGGUCCUCUUUUAGCGUUGCAGCGUUGCGGGCUCGGCCAAAGAUUGAAGGUAAAAAAUCCAAGUCAGAGAAAAAGAGGAAAACUCGAGAGAUCAAAUACUUUGGUCUCUCUUGGAGGAAAAAUAGUAAUGACAAUCGUGGAAGUGAUUUCAGGGCGAAUGAUGUAAUCCUAAAAUGCAAGGAUGGUAUGGGAUCGGCAAUAAAACCGACUUGCUGUCUCUGUAAAAAAUCUUAUUGUCCGGAUUUUCUAUAUGUCCGUUGCCAGCAAUGUAAAGCUUGGUUUCAUGGUGAUGCCUUGCGACUAGAGGAAGAAAGAAUACUUGACGUGGUUGAAUACAGAUGCUGCAGAUGCCGAAGGCAAGCCAUACCAACAUGUCCUCAUUCAGAUGAUUUUGAACCAGAAUUCAGUGAACAAACAGUUGCUACGUCGUCCCAAUCAAGCAUGCUGUGUAGCGAGGACACUGCUUCAUAUGGAAUAUUUGAACCGACUGGGGAAGAAACAUUUGAUGCUGAUUUAUCAAUGAACGUGGCAAGAUUUAACCCAGGAACUAAUCAGAAGCUAUCCAUAAGAAGGGCACAAGGUAAAACUAGUGGAUAUGUUGAUCAACCUCCAGCGAAUGCAAACGUCCAUAUGGGCAAAUUUUCUUUGUCAGAGCUUGACGGUGUGGAUGCCUCAGAGCUACCGGACUGGGAUCAUUCCCAGGGAAGCCAGUGGAAUGAAGCAAGCCGUGGCAGUUCUGCAACUGAGACUUCUUCCCCAUUCACUGACUUACUUGAAGCUGAGGAUGCACGGUUUGCUAAUACUUUUGGGAUGCCAUCUGGUAUGCAAGACAAUGGUAAUUACACAGGAAGUUUCAUCCGCGAGCCAGUAAGUAUUGAUGAUGUGGCAGUCAUGAUAGAAGGCGGGUCUUCAAAUACGCACUUCCCAGCAAAUGACCCCCCUCCUGACAAGGCACCAUGUAUCAAGUGCAAGGACUCUCAGCCGCCACCUGAUCUCAAAUGUUCAGUCUGUGGCCUGCACAUACACCGUCAGUGCUCACCUUGGGAUGAAAAUGACCUGCCUUCUGAGAGUGCCGACUGGGCCUGUGGUGCUUGCCGGGAGUGGCGAUGAUGAGCUUCAUUGUUUACUGAAUUAGCAGAUGAACAUCUGCUACUUGCAAUAUAUUUUUGCCCGAUCUUGCUUUGGUUUUAGGUUGGAGGUAUCUCAGGAGAUCUCGAUGGAAAAUUCCCCAUCCGGAUUGUUUGUAUGUUGGCAAUUAUCGGACAAGUAGACAUACUUCUUCUGGCCACCGUAAAGAUAGAAUAGCAUUUUGCAACGAUCGCCACAAAACAGACACUGUAGAUAUAAAAAGGAUGAGUCACUGUUUUCCGUUCUUUGUGUGGGUUUGUUUUGGAGGAAAUUCAUAGAAUUAGGAUGCUGCUAGCUACAGGUUGUAUGGAACUACAAAGCAAUUCCAUUUUCCUGUGAUCAUUA